AUGCUAUCUUUUAGAACAAAGGGUUAUAAUGGGUAUGGUGUUAAGUACUCUCCAUUUUAUGAUAACAAAUUAGCCGUGGCGACAUCUUCAAAUUAUGGUCUUGUUGGUAAUGGGAGAUUAUACAUAUUAUCAAUUAAUCCAGAUGGGCAGAUAGUAAAUGAUGUCUUCUUUGAUACCCAAGAUGGUUUAUUUGAUCUUGCUUGGUCUGAAGUUCAUGAAAAUCAUGUUGCAACUGCCAAUGGUGAUGGUUCCAUAAAAAUAUUUGAUAUAGGUGUUAGUCAAUUCCCCAUACUUCAACUGAAGGAGCAUAGAAGAGAAGUGUUUUCAAUCAAUUGGAAUAUGAAUGAUAAAUCAACAUUUGUUAGUUCAAGUUGGGAUGGUACUAUAAAACUUUGGACUCCAAGUAGAAAACAAUCGUUAGCUACGUUCAAUGCAGUCAAACCUCAUGCUCAGAAUAAUUGUGUUUAUCAAACUGUAUUCUCACCACAUAAUCCAAGCAUGCUAGUUAGUGCUAAUGCAAACUCACAUAUUCAAGUAUGGGAUACAAGAUCACCAAACCCUAAUAUACUGGAUUUUAUAGGACAUGGAGGAGCAGAAACAUUAACUUGUGAUUGGAAUAAAUAUAGACCAACAGUGAUAGCUACAGCUGGUGUUGAUAAAAAUAUAAAGAUAUGGGAUUUACGUAUGAUUGAUGGUACAGCUGAUUUCCAAUCACCACAUCAAAAUAAGUUAGGACCAGCUCCAUUAAAUCAAUUGAUUGGACAUGAUUUUGCAAUUAGAAGAGUGGUAUGGAGUCCCCAUGAUGGUGGUGACUUAUUGAGUUGUAGUUAUGAUAUGACAAGUCGUGUAUGGAAAGAUCAAGCAGAUCCAAGGACAAGGGGAGUCUUAAACAAUAGAUUUCAAAAAAACUCUACAUCAAAAAUAUUCGGUAUGCAUAAGGAAUUCGUCAUUGGUGGUGAUUAUAGUUUAUGGGGUGAUCCAGGUUGGGUUGCAACAACUGGUUGGGAUGAAAUGGUGUAUAUAUAUGAUUCCAAAAGAUUAUGA